AUGACUUCCGACGUUGAGGCUAGGGGCUCCCAUGCUCUAAUAAAGCCACAUACAACUUGGCUCAAUAUUGUCACCAUCCUAGCAGCAGCAAGCGCUAGUUUCAACUUUGGCUAUUCCAACAAUGCUAUUGCUGGCACACUUGCGCAAGCCUCCUUUGGCGAGUAUUUCUUGACGGUUGAACCUACAUCUCGUAUCGGAGGGAUGCUUGGAGCGUGA